CUGUCAGGCAGCAGUCUGCAGCUGAGCAAGCCGGCUGCUGCAGAGUUAAUGUACAGUACCUCGGAGCCUGCAAGUGUCCUGAGCUACUCAGAGCUGAGGCGGCACAGCCCAGGGCAGCGGACAAGGCGGCUGCGAGGAUUCCAAAGGUUCUGCCGGAAAUUCGGUGUGGGGGAGACUCCACCUGGAGCCUGUGGCCACUCUUUGUGUUUUGAAAGCAUGCAAGGUCUGUAUAGCUUGGGCACGAGAAUCUUGUGACUGUCAGAGCAUCAGAGUAAAUGACAUCUAUUUGGGAACUGAAUUGGGGGUGAGGAGGACCGAGAGAAAAGAAAGCCAGCCGAGACAGAAAUUCUUAGACAACGUCUGCCUCGCAGCUGUGAAAUUCAUUUUCUUUCCACGGCAAAAUAUUAAAAGCUCACACGUGGUUUGGAUAAGAAAUUAGAGGGGAUUCUACAGUGAGACAAUCGAUAGCUUAGUCAUUUUACUUCAGGAGAGCAGGCAGCCUUAUUGUGGGGUUAGGCGGCUGAUGAAUUUCAUCACCACAGCGCCUUCUGAAGUCAUGAUGGGAGCCGACACUAAUCCUGUCCUGCAAAGGAGAAAUUAUUCAUUGCCUUGCUACUUGAGCAUUCGAGACCAGCAAGUCUGAGAUUUGGGGAAGAGGUUGGCUUAUGCUUUACAUGGUCUCUAGUCCCGCUACUCGGAUCUUUGUUGGACAAGUCUCAGACUCAAGGUUGUAGCACUGCGCCGAAGUGACCACACAUGAAUAUGUGCCUAAGAAAGAAGAAAAAGCAAUAUUCAUCCUUACAGGACAGCAUGGCCAAGCAGCGUGAAGUCCCUCAUUUCCCUCCUAACACUUCCUUAACAAGGAUAACAAGAAACUGUCUCUUCGCUCCUUUUUGUCCACAUUCUAUAGUCCUUUCUGCGAGGAUGCAUUAAUUCAUAUUCGAGGCAGUUGGAUUUCACCAGGACAAUUCUUGCCGUCAUUUAGGAAUUAGCCAUUGGACUGGUUAUUUUAGUGUGUGUUGACUAGUGGAAGCUACAUGGAUGGACUCAUACCUGCAGUGUUCUGUGAUGCUUCUUUCUUCAAAUCCUGGAAGGGCUUUUGUUUUUGUUAUUUGUGUUUUCUUGGGGGGGUGAUUUUUUGGGGGGGAAUUCAUUACUUGUUGCAAUAAUUGUCCAUGCCCAAUGCUCAAGCCAGAGAGUUGGGAUUCAUCUGUGAAAAUCACUACAUGUAACAUAGGAGACAAGGAAAAGCUUAAUGACGGAAGCUCUGCGAACAUGAUGCACGUGAAUACCUUCCCCUUUAGAAGGCAUUCCUGGAUAUGUUUCGAUGUGGACAAUGGCACAUCAGCGGGACGGAGUCCCUUGGAUCCCAUGACAAGCCCAGGAUCUGGGCUAAUUCUCCAAGCAAACUUUGUGCACAGCCAACGCCGGGAAUCCUUCUUGUAUCGAUCUGACAGCGAUUAUGACCUCUCUCCUAAGUCUAUGUCCAGGAACUCCUCAAUUGCCAGCGACAUACAUGGAGAUGACUUGAUUGUGACUCCAUUUGCUCAGGUCUUGGCCAGCCUGCGAACAGUACGAAACAACUUUGCUGCAUUAACCAAUUUGCAAGACCGAGCACCCAGCAAAAGAUCACCCAUGUGCAAUCAACCAUCCAUCAACAAAGCCACCAUCACAGAGGAGGCCUACCAGAAACUGGCCAGCGAGACCCUGGAGGAACUGGACUGGUGUCUGGACCAGCUAGAGACCCUGCAGACCAGGCACUCAGUCAGUGAGAUGGCCUCCAACAAGUUUAAAAGGAUGCUGAAUCGGGAGCUCACUCAUCUCUCUGAAAUGAGUCGGUCUGGGAACCAGGUGUCAGAGUACAUAUCGAACACAUUCUUAGAUAAGCAACAUGAAGUGGAAAUACCCUCUCCCACGCAGAAGGAAAAGGAGAAAAAGAAAAGGCCAAUGUCCCAGAUCAGCGGGGUCAAGAAGUUGAUGCAUAGCUCCAGCCUGACUAACUCAUGCAUCCCAAGGUUUGGGGUUAAAACAGAACAGGAGGACGUCCUGGCCAAGGAACUAGAAGAUGUGAACAAAUGGGGUCUCCAUGUUUUCAGAGUAGCGGAGCUGUCUGGUAACCGGCCUCUGACUGUUAUCAUGCACACCAUCUUCCAGGAACGAGAUUUAUUAAAAACAUUUAAAAUUCCAGUAGACACCUUAAUUACGUAUCUCAUGACACUGGAGGACCAUUAUCAUGCUGAUGUGGCCUAUCAUAACAACAUCCAUGCUGCAGACGUCGUCCAGUCUACCCACGUGCUACUGUCUACACCUGCUUUGGAGGCUGUCUUCACGGACUUGGAGAUUCUCGCGGCCAUUUUUGCCAGUGCAAUACAUGAUGUGGAUCAUCCCGGUGUGUCAAACCAAUUUCUGAUCAACACAAACUCAGAACUUGCCUUGAUGUACAACGACUCCUCGGUCUUAGAGAAUCAUCAUCUAGCUGUAGGCUUUAAGUUGCUCCAAGAAGAAAACUGUGACAUUUUCCAGAAUCUGACCAAAAAACAAAGACAAUCUUUAAGGAAAAUGGUCAUUGACAUUGUACUUGCGACGGACAUGUCAAAGCACAUGAACCUGCUGGCUGAUUUGAAAACGAUGGUGGAAACUAAGAAGGUGACCAGCUCUGGCGUCCUCCUCCUUGACAACUAUUCCGACAGGAUCCAGGUCCUCCAGAAUAUGGUGCACUGUGCAGACCUCAGCAAUCCCACGAAGCCUCUGCAGUUGUAUCGCCAGUGGACAGACCGGAUAAUGGAGGAGUUCUUCCGACAGGGGGACCGGGAGCGGGAGCGCGGCAUGGAGAUAAGUCCCAUGUGUGACAAGCACAACGCCUCUGUGGAAAAAUCACAGGUGGGCUUCAUAGACUAUAUUGUUCAUCCACUCUGGGAGACGUGGGCAGACCUCGUACACCCUGACGCCCAGGACAUCUUGGACACUUUGGAGGACAAUCGUGAGUGGUACCAGAGCACAAUCCCUCAGAGCCCCUCCCCUGCACCCGAUGACCAAGAGGAGGGCCGGCAGGGCCAAACUGAAAAAUUCCAGUUUGAACUAACCUUAGAGGAAGACGGCGAGUCAGACACGGAGAAGGACAGCGGAAGUCAAGUGGAGGAAGACACUAGCUGCAGCGACUCCAAGACGCUAUGUACUCAAGACUCGGAGUCCACGGAAAUUCCCCUUGACGAGCAGGUUGAGGAGGAGGCUGUAGCCGAAGAAGAGGGAAACCAGCCCGAAACUUGUGUCAUAGAUGAUUGUUGUCCUGACACGUAACAGUGUAAAGACUGUCACACUUUUUUUUUUUUUUUUAAGUAGAGAAAAAUGUUUCCAAAGUGCAUGUCUCAUGCCACAACCAUGGUCACACCUCACUAUCAUCUGCCAGGACGUUUGUUGAACAAAACUGACCUUGAACUACUCAGUCUGGCGCUCAGGAAUACCGUAAUCAGUUCUUUCGACUCCAUGUCAUCGGAGCAAGGGGGAACGUCACCACAAACAUGAUUUUGACAUGAUUUCCGCUUGGCAGAGCUGACAAAGCAGAUAAAAAUCAACUCCAACUGUUUUCAAGGGAGCUUGGCUCAUCGGGCUGCCCAAAAGUAGAUUGGAUUGCAGGAUUCCUUUCUUGUUUAAAAGU